AUGUCGUUGCCACCUCAAAGACCAUCGUUGGUACCACGAGAGAAUCGCAAACAAUUGUUUGAUGCAAACUAUAUCGCCGAUUGGUUGAACACGUCGUUUCCAGUUUUGAGCGUAACACCAGAACACAUCACUAAGCCGACGGUAAGCAUUUUUUUUGUUGGAUCGAAUGCUCAGUUCUUAUCCACAUUUCAUUCCGGUCUUGUCCAGUUAUUUAAAUUUCACUGGAACGAUGACCAGAAAAUUUUGUGUGUCAACGUUUCGACUGGCUAG